CCGCUUUGGCCUCACAGCACAAACAUGCAUCUUCUUCGCCGUUCUUUUGCUAGAUCCGCGCGUUCGAAAUGUCGGCGUCCCUGGCGAACAAACUCAUCACGGUAACGGGCGCGGCAUCCGGAAUCGGCCUCUCGACGGCGCGUCUGCUCGCUCGACGAGGUGCUCUCCUAUCCCUCGCGGAUUACAACAAGUCGAAAUUGUCUCAAGCACAUGAAGAGCUGGUCUCAGUCUCGUCGUCUCAGAAGAUCCUCUCCACGACGCUCGAUAUCAGAAACACGCAGUCGGUGAACGACUGGAUAGCCAGCACGACCCAGCAUUUCAGUCGGCCUCUCGAUGGCUGCGCGAAUAUCGCCGGUUUCCAUCCCCUCUGGUCCCCUAAGAGUGUCGAAGAGGUAACAGACGAGGAAUUCGAAGAAUGCAUCAACAUCAACACCCUCGGCCUCUUCAAAUGCCUCCGCGCACAGCUCGCCCCAGGCAUCAUCUCCCCCAAUGGCGGCGGCAUCGUCAACGUCGGCUCUGUCUCAGGGCUUAUCGGCUUCGCGGGCGAUUCGGCAUAUGUAGCAUCGAAACACGCGGCUCACGGGCUGACAAAAUGCGCGUCGAAAGAGGCGGGCAAACGAGGGAUUAGAGUCAAUGCUGUUGCACCCGGCCAAACCAACACGCCUAUGGUGCAGGCGAUGGCGGCGGAGAAGGGUGUCUUGCCUACGCCGCCGGUCAGUUUGCAGAGGGAGGGCCAGCCGGAGGAGAUUGCGGAGGCGAUUGUUUGGCUGCUAGGCGAGGAGAGUCGCUAUGUGACUGGGAGUAUCUAUCGGGUUGAUGGGGGAAUGUUGGAUUGAAAUCCCACGAUCCUUUUGAUUCUGGAGUCAUUGUAGUUAUGGUAGGGGUUCCGAACCGUCCAUCAAGCCUGUGCUAAUGCCGUUGAAUAUCAAUUGUGACCUGGCCACUCUCUUGCGGUAAGGGAUUCUAUAUAUUUAGGGGCUCGCCGUACAAACAAGUAAGAUUACUGGAACGCCUAACUAUACGUCUGGGUAGUGUGAACAAGUGCAUAGCAGUUACGCUGAUGGCAAAAGCGUUUGGCGUUCCUUGCGUGCCGCACAACGGGGCUAUGGGCCUUGUCGGAAUAACGAGCCACCUCAGUCUCAUUGGCUACAUUGUCAGCAGUGGGAAGAAGGGCAUGCUCGAGUUUGCAGAGAAUAACCGUCACAGGGUGUACCAGAAGAAUCCGGCUGAGGUCCGGGACGCGCAUUACGUUACGCCGGUUGCGCUGGGGUAUAGCUCUGGA